AUGACCGUAAUCUUACUGCAUUAAGAAUUAAGUGUGUACAAUUUUAUCUGUAUUUGGAAUUUGGAUCGUGCAUCUUUUCAAUAAUAUACAACAAUUCGACAAUCAACAUCGUGUGAUUAACAUCACCUGAGGGAAUCCAGAUUGGAGUCACAUUCCAUAAAAGAUUUGUUUGGAAUUUUCUAUUACAAAUAUGGGGAAGCUGACACAGUUUGGAUUAUUGUUCAAUGAAGAAAGAGCUGUUUAUUUCCCUGGAAAUACUAUUAGUGGCCAACUUGUAGUUCAACUCAGCAGUCCUAUGGAAAUGAAAGCCAUUAGAAUCAAAUUUGUUGGUCGAGCUCAUGUGCAUUGGACUGAACGGCAUAGCACAGGAUCAGGGAAAAAUCGCAGAACAACAACUCGGCAUUAUUCUGCAACUGAAAAUUUAUUUCAGCAAGCAGUGAAUGUGCAUGGAGAAGGAAUAAACAAUCAGAGUACACUCCCACAAGGACAUCAUGUAUUUCCUUUUCAAUUCCAACUGCCAGCUCCACUACCAUCAUCAUACGAAGACCAUGUUGGUUAUAUACGAUAUCACAUAAAAGGCACUAUUGACAAACCGUGGAAAUUUGACCACAAUACGAAACGUGCCUUCACUGUUCUUGAUUCUUUGGAUCUCAAUGCUAUUCCGAGUGUUAUGAGUCCUUCAGGAGGCCAAGACUCGAAACAUCUCUGUUGUUUAUGCUGUCAGAGUGGACCGAUUGAAAUGGAAUUUCACACAGACAGAUCUGGUUAUGUACCUGGUGAAUACAUAUUACUCAAUGGGACGAUCACAAAUUCCAGUAAUAGUAAAGUUGAGGCAUCUUCAGCACAGUUGAUAAAGAGAGUAACAUAUCAUGCAACUUCCAAAUCAAAGACUGUGUGUCAAGAAGUUGCAAGGAUAAAUGGACCUCCUGUUCCAAAACAUGGAAGCGUAACAUGGACGAAUGAAAGGCUGCAUAUUCCUCCUCUUCCCCCAUCAGAAGUAAAUCACUGCAGGAUCAUUGAUAUAGUGUAUUUUGUUCAGUUUCAAGCUCAUCUCAGGGCCUGUGCCAUAGAUCUUCGUGCAGAUUGUGGAAUGACCAUUGGUACCAUUCCCCUGCAAAGUCUGGAUUUGUACAGGAAUGCUACCCCGUCAGAAGUUCCUAGCGCACCAUCGCUGCCACUUUCUCUUGCUGCCACGGCACCCCCUGCUGCACCACAACCGCUAGGAUUUGCACCAACACAAUAUAGCCACAAUCCACCACCUCCAUCCUAUGCUGCAGCCACGGGCGAGGAAGCCUAUAAUAUAAAAGACGAGGAUGACAAUGAAUACACCAUGGGGGAAACUUCCUACAAACCACAAUACACUUAUUAUGAUUGGAAUGAAUCUGCUUUUACUUAUAAUUAGUAUUAUUAGAGUUAGAAGUUGUGUUUUACCUAUUAAUAACCCUAUUAAUCUUUGCACACCUGGGUUACUUGAUUAUUACUUAUCAUUGCUGUAUUGUACAGCAGAGUUGAAGUUCCGCAAAUUAUGAUAAUAUAGCAGACGUUUUAUAGAAUAGCAACCGUGCUUCCGUUUGUUUUUUUUGUUCUAAUGAUGAUGCUUUGCAUCUUUCAUAAAUUAAUUCUAUGUUUUGUCUUGGGAUGCGGCUAAGAUCAAGUUUAUUUUAACCUCUGUUGUGGAAUUUCUGCUCCAGCUACCUCGGUUUACCUAAAAAAUGACUCUUCACUAUUUUCAAUACUAAUCAGGACCAUUUUAUUCGCCAUUUGUUUUUGCCGAUUUUACAUAAAGCUGCUGGUGUUAUAUUAUUUAUUAAGUCUAGUAGUAUUCUAUGGCCCUAUGGGUCAUCAAAGUUAUUGCAUGUUUAUAAUAUAUUCCCAGUAUAAAGAGAUCAGGAAGUUGAUUCAUUAUCAGUUAUAUUUUCAUUUUUAAAAAUAUUAUUCAACUGUAAACUGUAUAUUAUGGUGCAUGUAAAUAUAAAAACCGUGUUUGAUUUAAUUAACACAUUUUGUAAUUCCCCAUUGUAAACAAUGAACAUUUAACAUUAUGCAUUUAAAGUAUGUUUUACCUGAUCACGUUUAGGAAAGUAUUGUAUGUUGACUUUAUCCUGUAUUUUUUUAGUCUGUUGAUGCAUAAUCGAUUUCAAUAUUUUCAAAUCGGCGAAGAUGGAACAUUUGUUCGGCUAUCAAAAAGAGAUAUUCCUAAAAUAAAACUCUUUUUGAAUCUGUCUACAUAUUCAUUUUAAAUUAUUCGAUUAACAAUUAAUAUUAUUAUGUGCUCAGGAUUUGCUCUAGACUGUAACUUCUAUCAUUACUAUUUUCACUUUUAUUGGAGAACCUGCAACCUCACGAUUAGCAAACUGCUACAAAAGGUUACUCGAUUCCCACUUUUUCCAUAAAUUCUCAUGUUAACCCAUGUCCUACUGAUCAAAUGGAAUAUCAAUAAAUGUUGGAUCAAAUUCUUCAUACGUAAUUACCUGAUAAAGCUUCAGAAAUAGACCUCAAGUAUAUUUUCACUGCAGUUUUUUUACAAUCGCUUUCAUCACUCAUUCCACUUGUUCCACUAGUUUUUUUCAACUUUCACUGUCUGUCAAGUUUUCAAGUCUUUUUUUUAAGACUGAUUUAUUAUUUAUAAAUAUUUUACUGCAUAAUGUAUGAUGCUACUAUUAGUUACAUAAUAUCAUUAUUAUAAUCCCAUAUUAGUUACUUAUUUGAAUUUACCUUUUAAUAUUAUUAACUUUUCAACGUCAGGACAUUCGGUUAUGGUGGGUUUUAGUACUGGUUCCAUCUCGCAUUUCAUUCGUAUUUCGUUUUAACAUAGCUAAGUUAUUGCCUAUUCUGCAGCCUAGCUCGAGGAAGCAUAUAAUAUGAAAAUGACAAAGAACACACCAUGAGGAAAACUUCCUACAAACCACAAUACACUUAUUAUGAUUGGAAUAAAUAUGCUUUUGAUUAGUAUUCUUAGAGUUAGAACUUGUGUGGUACGCAUUAUUAAUCCUAAAAGUAUCUUUGUACAUUUGGGUUACUUAUCUUAAUUUGUAUCAUUGGUAAUUUGUACAGCACAGUGGUGAUCAAUUCAAUUUGCAAAUACUACAACUUCUGCCAGUGCUAUUUUUAUUCGAGGACCUGCGACCUCGUGAUUAGCAAACUGCUAUAAAAGGAUACCUUAUUCUCACUUUCCACACAAAUUUCCGUGUCCUACUGAUCAAAUGAAAAAUCAAAAAAUGUUGAAAAUCCAACAUGAACCAAAUUCUUCAGACACUGUUACCUGAAAAAGCAUCAAAAAUAUUUUUACUAUAGUUUUUUCACCAUCGCUUGCAUCACUUGCUCCACCUUCAUACUUGUAGGUUAGUUUGCUUAACUGUUAAUGUCUGGAGAGUUUUCAAGUCUUCAUUUUAAGACGGAUCUAUUUUUUUUAUAAAUAUGUUACUAGAUACUGUACAGUUAUGCCUUCCAUAUUAGUUUCAUAUUUGCCUUUCAAUAUUAACUUUUUAACGUA